GAUCUAUAGAUUAGAUCUAACAGUAAUGACAAUGAUGCUGUAAAUAUUUUACGACAUUGCUAUAGAUUCCGACUUUAUUAUUGAUAAACACGUAUAAAACUCAAAAUGGCGGAUUGUGUAUUCGACGGAGAUACUAGCUGGUUAUCUGAACUAGAGACUGCACUGGUUGAAGAAUGUGAUUUUGGAUCUCUUCGUAACAUCUGCAAGGGGCGGCCUGUUCCAGAACAUUUGCGUGCAGAAGUUUGGCAAAUAUGCCUCGGUACAGUUGGUAAAGAUAUCCUGUCCUCGUUUGAUGGCUUGUAUGAUAUGGAAGUUCAAGGUCAGCUUCGGGAGGAUUGUAAAAAAUUAGUAGAUAAACUAGGUAAUGAGGAAGAGGAUAAGGUUUCCAUAGUGAGCGACCUGGAGACGAUAGUCACUUUCUAUUGUAAAUCCAGAGGCAUUAAAUAUACAGCAAACAAUGGAUGGAUGGACAUUCUACAAGUUUUACUGGCAGUCAAAAUGAGCACAUCUGAACUAUACAAUUGCUUUUAUUCUAUAUUAAAUAAAUUCAUUCCACAUGGCUGCAAAAAGAAUGGAAAACCUUUUAAUUUGUUUCGUUUAUUGUUACAAUAUCAUGACCCACAACUGUGCUCCUAUUUAGACACACGCAGAGUGACACCUGACCUAUAUGUUAUGUCCUGGUUUAACAGUUUGUUUGGUGGUGUCUGUGACCUUCAUGUAUGUUUGGCUAUGUGGGAUGUGAUAUUUCAACAUGCAGAUCCAUUCCUCAUUCUCUUUAUGGCACUUGUCAUUCUUGUCAAUGCCAGAGAAACUAUACUUGAUACUAAAGAACAAAGCAAGGAAGAAUUAAUAGAGUCACUAAUAAGCUUCCCACAAGCAUUGGAAGCUGAAGAUAUUGAAGAUUUUUGUUCUCUUGCCCAGUAUUAUGCAUCUAAAACACCACAGUCUUUUAGAAGGGAUUACCAGCUAGCUAUGUUUGGGAGCAGUGUUGUGGCUCAAAAAGAGGCAGACAGUGAAUUUAUGGACUCACUGUGUUUGAUGGUAUCUGGGGAAGAGCUACUGCAAGCUAAUCAAAAUCACAUCAUUAAUGAAGAUACUGUGCGUUACUUUGUGGUAGAUUGUAGACCUGCUGAGCAAUACAACACAGAACACUUAACAACAGCAUUCCACCUGGACUCUAAUUUGAUGUUGCAGAAUCCAGAAGAAUUUAAUGUAGCUGUACUUGCUUUGUUUGCUGCACAGGCCCAAGCAAUGACCGCAAAGUCGGCUGCAGCUGGGGAACACUUGUGUUUUAUGGGCAGUGGCAGGGAGGAGGAGGACCAAUAUGUCAACAUGGUUGUGGCCAACAUUUUACAGAAAGGCAAAUCUUAUGUGUCAGUUGCCAAAGGAGGCUACCCUGCUAUUCACAACAUUCUAAAAGCCACAUCCCAGAAUGGUGUGGCUGACAUGUCCCAGGUUGUCUCUCACAACGGUGUGGACAGCACUUCCAACAACAGUGGGGGCUCAGGAAGAAACAAAGGACAAGGGGAUGAGAACAGUCCCAUCAGAUAUUUUUCUAAGGACCUUCUUGGCAAGUUGUCAGUAGCAGUGAAAACCAAAUCUGUUGAGAUGAAAGAAAAGUUGGCUAACUACAUUAAAAAUGAUGGAUCAACAGAAAGGCAUGUGAAUAGUUCAGAAAGAACAGGCAAGAGGUACAGAAAUCUGGCUAAUGUAUUUACAAUAGGGGAUGAUGAUGAAGGUGAAGAGAUCAGUGCAGAAGACUCUGAAGAAGACCAGGAGAAGGAAGUGGUUAGCCUGGAGACAUGGAUUCAGAAACCAGAUGUCAUAUAUUCUUGUAGGUGUAUGGAGUUCCACAGAAGUGGACACAAAUAUCCCAGUUACCUUCUAGUGACUUUGAGUCACCUAUAUGUGUUACGAGAGAUCCCAUCUCGUAAAGGUAUGGCACACAUACAGGCAAGGCGGGCAUUAGGCACCAUAGUGAAAAUUACCUCCAAGAAGAAGCAGCCGACUCUAAUUACUUUCAAGUAUGGCUCACAUGAAGAUGACAAAUUUCACAUUACAGAUGCGCACAGUUUCAACAUUCCCACGGCCUCUGAUGCAACACGUGUCAUCAAGCAACAAAUUAUGAAGGUUCUCGAUGCCCUGGAGAGUUGACAGGAUGAAUUGCAGCGUUAACACUAUGUAAUUGAUUGUUUUUUGUAUGAAAUGAAAGUUGUGACAAAUUGUCAUUUGAAUCACCCUGAUAUUAGUUGUUGGGAAGUUCAUAAUUGACUUAUCUUUCCUGAACACUAACUUUUUCAUUAGCACUGAGAUCCCGGCAUUAAAGCCUUAUCAACAGAACUGUCUGAAUUCAUGAUUUUGCAGGAAGGUUCUACAAAAGAAUAACUUACUUAAUGGCUGCUGGAAAGUUUCAACUAUUUGUGUGCAGCUUGCUUGAGACCACCUGCGACCACUAGACACUGCCCAAGUUUUCAGUUCAGAAACAAGAUGAAAAAAUGUAAAGAAUUAAAGAACUAUUACCCAUUAUUAUUAUGGUAGUAAGAUUUCACCACAUGGCAAGCAUCAUUGGUCUCUAUCCCUUGUCUUUCUCACAAUAGUAUAAAGUCUGUUUUAUUAAAGCUAAACAGAAAGAAGCCUCUACAGCCUGUGCAGUCACUUUUAUGUGGAGCUUAUUUCUUCUAUUUAAUUCUCAUACAAAAUACAUAAAAACAUGAAGCCAGUGACGAUCUAGUCCUCAAAUAUAGAAAGAUACAUACAUACUUAUGAAGCAGUAAAUUUUUUCCAAGAAGUUAUAAAAAAAGAUCUACAGUUGAAACAAUUUCAAAUGCAUUCAAUUAAUUGUGUUGUAACAUUCUCAAAUACAAUAGAUUAAAGCUGUGCUACCAGGCCUUAGCAGUCAUUUCAUUUUUAGAUUGUUAUUAAUUUUUUUAUCCUAUUUGUGUGUACACACAUAUAUCAUUUUGUAUUGUCAUAAGUGAAACUUUUUCAGUUUCUCUUAUUUCAUGUUAUUGGCCACUCCAAUGGUGAAUGAAAUGUCCUGAGGACAGCUCUUUGCAGUACCCCCUACUAGCUCCAUUGGUGAAUGAAAUGUCCUGAGGAUAGCACUUUGCAGUACCCCCUACCAGCUCCAUUGGUGAAUGAAAUGUCCUGAGGACAGCACUUUGCAGUACCCCCUACCAGCUCCAUUGGUGAAUGAAAUGUCCUGAGGACAGCACUUUGCAGUACCCCCUACCAGCUCCAUUGGUGAAUGAAAUGUCCUGAGGACAGCACUUUGCAGUACCCCCUACCAGCUCCAGUUUCUAGUUUUGAACCUGAUUUGUCUCCCUUGAAUAUUUUCUGUUUUAAUUCUGCUUUGCUGUUUUUUCUUCCUGCUACACAAUGUUUCAACUCCUUCCUUGGCCUCUUCAUAUGUUAUGUACACUCGAGAGCAGUGGGUCUCCACAGUUUGUGACAUAAAUUUUAUGGACAUAUCAAGAUAAGCUUAAUUACUAUAGGAAAAAGAAAUGUGGUCGAGCCAUAUGAAUUAUAAAUAUUUAUGACUAUCAUUUUAUUUAUAAUAAUUUAACAUUGGCUAUUUUCUUUAAUUUAAUGCAUACAUUUUUAACUGCUCAAUGUGUCAUUGCAAUUUUUUUUUCAAACAUUUUAAUUAUUUCUUACAAAGAAGAAAUAGAUCACCUUGUUUUGUUUUAGAUGUUGUUUUUUUUUUUUGUCAUGACAAAAUGGAUCUCUAAUUUUCAAAAUGGUUAAGGGAAUACAAACAUAUUAAACAUAUUAUUAUUUUGAUAUCUAGGUUUACUUAUUUAAUUACAUAUAUAUUGAGAAAUGGAAGUAUUUUAUCAACUUUUUUUUUAUUUUCUGUAAAUUACUGAGACAUUAAAUUUUUUUUAAAUUAAAUCAUUUUAUACUCACACAAAAUUAUUUUUUUAAAUACAGACCUAAUAAAAAUCUACUGUGAGAUUAUUUAUCAAUAAUUCCAACUGCAAUAUGCAAAAGUUUUCUAACUAGACAAAAAACAUUAAGUAAGAGUGUAUCCACCAGAAUCAGAAUUAGCCUGUGUUGUGUUAUAUUAUAAUUUACAGAGAAAGUUCAUGUAUUUGUUAAAUAAGAUGCUUCAGUUUUGUUGCAUUAUAUUUUUGGCCUCAUGUCAUUGUUUAAGUAUCAGUGUAUGCUUGUUAGUAGAACUUCAUUUUUUAUAUGUUUAGUUCAUAGAUUUGUUCACUAAAAUUGAAGUGUUUAGCCUUUGUAGACUGCUCAAGUAAAUCACCCAGGCUUUUAUUCUGAAGUCCCUUAGCUGAAACUGAUCUAAGAAAACAGGGACAAAGUGUGGACAGGGUAUGGAAGUGGAAUGAUAAUAUUCUUUGGAGUGAUAGUUUUACUUAGCUACAGGCAAUGAAACUCUUCUAUUUUUUUAAAUUAGUUUUUUUUUUCUUAUGUCCAGAUUUUUUCUCUCUCUUUGUUAUUUUUUAGUUUUACAAAUGUUUCUAAGAAAAAAAAAUUGACUAGAUUUUCUUUUCCACCAUUUCCAUUGUUUUCUUUCUUGACUCACCAUUUCUACUUAAUUCUUUACUAUGCAUAUCUGUAACAAAAGUGUAUCACAGCUCUCUUAUCUUAUGAUAUUGUAAGAAGUCCAGUACAAUGCUAAACAUUGGGGGUACAUAGUGCACAGAAGUAAUAGUUGCAAGGCUUCAGUUAUACUUCAAUAUUAUUUGGAAGAAAUUCAUUUCUCAAGUGCAAGAAGGAAAAAUAGAUUUGUAUAAAACAAUUACUUAAUUGUGUGACUAGAAAUGUUCUUUUUUUCCCCUAGGAUUUUUUUUUUUUUUGCUUAUUGUUGAAUGUUAUGAUUUUAGCUUAUAUCAUUAUUGUAUUAUAGUGAGAUCUAAUACAUUAGGGGAAGUCAUACUUUGGUGUAGGAUAAUUACACUUUAUUAGCGCUUUUGAUGAAAUUACUUUUUUUUUUUUUGACUUGUACAAAAAUGUAAAUUAUUUAUAAAUGUGUCCAUUAUGUAUUUAAUGACCACUUUCUAACAAUGUAGCUUCAAAUAGUGAAUAAAAUCACACAAAAAAAUUUUGGUGGCAAAUUUUUGAGAAUUAGAAGAAACAAAUAUUAAAAAAUAAAUCUAUAAAUGAAUAAUUUUGUAUUUUUUUUUUGUUUAAAGAUUUUCAGGAUUUGUUUCUUUUGAAUUGAUUGUACCAUUUCCUUGUCUUUCAUAUAGUUUAGAUAUAAUGCAUGUACACUUGAUCCUUAUUUAUAAUUUAAUUUUUCAUUUGUAUCAAACUGUUUGUUAUUUCGUGAUGUUACAUUGAGUUAGGGGAAUCCUGGGUUUAGUCAUAGAAUCAUUGGCAUUUGGACUUGUAGAAUUAAUCUCUGACAAUUCAAUGUUGAUAUGUAGCUUUCUGUUGUAGCCUAGAUGAGCUUGCAAUUUUUUGUGACAAUAUUUUUUUUUACUUUAUCUUUUAGAAGCUGGAAAUGUUUUGUUUUCCAUUGGAUGUGUGAACUUGUUCUAAUGACCAGAACUAUCCAUUGGUCAUACAACUUCAGCUGUUCCAAUGAACAGAACUAUCCAUUGGUCAUACAAUUUCAGUUGUUCCAAUGAACAGAACUAUCCAUUGGUCAUACAACUUCAGCUGUUCCAAUGAACAGAACUAUCCAUUGGUCAUACAACUUCAGCUGUUCCAAUGAACAGAACUAUCCAUUGGUCAUACAACUUCAGCUGUUCCAAUGAACAGAACUAUCCAUUGGUCAUACAAUUUCAGUUGUUCCAAUGAACAGAACUAUCCAUUGGUCAUACAAUUUCAGUUGUUCUAAUGAACAGAACUAUCCAUUGGUCAUACAACUUUAGGGUUAGGGCACAGAACAUUGGUCAUAAAGCUGAAGUUGUUUAGUUCUUUAAAACAAAUUGCUGUUUUAUUAAACAGACUUUGAACAGUUAGCAAGUAGUUAAUGAAACAACAUGGUUUCUAAAGUCACUGCUCCUUGCAUUUUAAUAAGGUAAACAUCAACAAAAUAUGUUGUUAGAGUACAAAUGUGUUUGUCUGCAGAGUUGGACAUUCAAAUGUCUGUCAGACACUAGCUUUACCUAGCUUUUUUUUUUUUUUUUUAAUUUAGUUUUGAUGUAGAGGAUGAUUUAGUUUGAGAAUCAGUUCUAAGACACAAUGAAUGUCACUCAGCUUUUUUUUCCCUCCCUACUAUGACGUUACACUUUAGUCCAUGGUCAAAAUUUGAAUCGUUUAUUUUGACAUUUCAUUAUCACAUGGAGCUGAAAUUUGCGUGACAACACAUUUUAUCAAAAUUUUAGAAAGGUGUUAAUUAUUGAAAUAUUUUUUUUUAUACACAUUAUCUGGAAAGAUAUUUUUUGGCUUCCAUUUUAAUUUUCCAUUCAUUUUAAUGUUAUUUAUAGAUCUAGAACUAUAUAUUUAUAUUGGACCCAUUGUUAUAUGGCUAAUAAGCUCAGUUGGUUAAAGUGUCAAUCCAAUAACACAAUUGUCGUGUGUUUGAUCCCAGUAUUGGUCAAAUUUGUUUAAUCUUCAUUUCUCAGUGACCCAUUCGAUUGGAUUUAAAAUUAUUUUUUAGAUAUUGCUUUCCUUUAAUUUCUUUUUCAUCACACUUUUUGUUUGAUUUCCAAAGAGAGAAAGUCUUUAGAGAAUACAUCAGCUUCUUGCCAGGAGUUGUACAUGCUCCCUUUUCUUCUUGUGAUAUCUGGACUGCAAUCACUUGUGUUGAUGUCAUUGACUCCUAGAGACCAGGUUUGUCUCCCUCCCACCGCUUACCCAGUCAACAUCACCCCUGCUGUUGUCAUUACACAAAGAGUUGUCUCUGUUAUUCUUAUUCCAGUCUCUUACCUCCCUUCCUUGUAAUCAUCUCUUUAUGCCAAAUUUUGUUUUGGUUUUUUACUUUUUCUCUGACCUGUAACUGAGUACAAACAUAGUGUUUGUGGCACUAGUUGAAUUAAUCAGGUCUUUAGGAUUCACUUAGAAAUACUGAACACUUCCUUGGUUCUGUAUUUUUUUCCCCCCAAAUAAAAUCUACAUGAAAUUUGUGAAGUCCAUGCUCAUGAAGACAGUGUGAAGCCUGAACAUCUCUCUAAGGUUUUAUGCUUCCCAGGUUAGUUUUGUUAGCUUAUCCCUAAUCCCAUCAGGACAUGGGACGCUCUAUCGGGUGACAGUGAUCUUUGAUGAUGUUGGUUAAUUCUAAUGUUCUAUAAUGUCUAAAAUUGUUAAUUCUGUUAUCUGAUAUGAUGCUAUACAUGUAUUCUAAUUCAAGUAGCUGGAUUACUGACAUGAUUUUACCAACAGAUAUUGUGUUGGGUAUGUGUGUAUUGUGAAGCACUUUAAUACAAAUGUACACAUUUUGUUCUUGGC